AACAUAUUUCUAAUAAUUACCAAAAAUGGGCUUGUAGUUUUCCCAGUUUAAGGGGUAAUAAUACUUUAAUUAUUCCCAUUCCUAAACCAGGAACCGACCUUGAUUUUAAAAAUAUUAGCCAGUUCACCAACAAUGCCCCUGAGGAACAACAACAAGCACUUUGGCAAGAAGUAGCCGAAAAAUUAACCGAGGAAUUAGCAGAAAGUAAUGCCCCUCGCUGGUUAAAUACCGAGGGAACAGGUGUUCCUUAUCUACAUGUGCGGCUUGAUAAAAAAAAUGAAUUUUAUUCGAAUUAUCCGGAAUAUGCUAAUUCUUUUGUCAAUCAAGCAGUGGAAAAAGAAUUAUUUGAAUUAACCCAGGAAGAAAAAAGAGGAAAAGAACAACUAAGACAGCAACUCAUUAAAGACUACCAAGUCCAAGCCAAAAAUAAAAAACUCCAAAAGAAAUUAAAAACCAUGGAAGAAACUCAAUUUGAAGACUUAAAUAAUGAGCAAACA